AUGGCAAAUAGGACCACAAUAAAGGAAUUCAUACUGUUGGGGCUGACAGACGACCCUCGAAUUGAAGUUGGCCUUUUUCUCCUCCUGCUUGGGAUUUAUCUUUUGACAUUAAUAGGAAACAUGUUGAUUAUUAUUAUCACACUGCUGAAUGCCCAACUCUACACCCCAAUGUAUUUCUUCCUACGACAUGUGGCAUGGGCAGACAUAGGAUCUCCAACUUCAGUAAUUCCCAAAGCACUGGUCAACAUAGCCACUGGGAGUAAAAGCAUCUCUUUAGCUGGUUGCUUCAUACAAUUAUUUCUUAAUUUCGCCUUUGGAACCACCGAGUUCCUCCUAGUGGCCAUAAUGUCUGUUGAUCGAUACAUAGCCAUCUGUAAUCCUCUUCACUACCCAACCAUCAUGAAUACCCGAAUUUGCUCAUUGUUGGUCAUUUGUUGCUGGGCUGGGGGGAUAUCGCUAAUUCUACUUCCAUCCAUUCCUUUAUUUCUAAUGCCAUUUUGUGGUCCUAACGUCAUGAAUCAUUUCUUUUGUGACAAUGGACCCCUAAUGAAAUUAGCCUGUGUCGACAGCAGCUUCCUAGAAAUGACUUAUUUUGUGGUUGCCAUAUUCUCUUUGCUUGGGACCUUAAGUGUCAACCUUGUGUCUUACGUCAAAAUCAUUUCCACCAUUCUACGCAUCCCAUCGGCGACGGGGAGGAAGAAGACAUUCUCCACUUGUGCUUCCCACAUGACCGUGGUCACCAUCGCUUACAGUACCUGUAUUUUCCUGUAUAUGACACCAAAAGACACCAACGAAUUCGUGUUCAACAAAAUGAUGACCCUGCUAAGUACGGUCGUGAUUCCUUUUCUGGUCCCCAUCAUCUACUGUUUGAGGAACAAACAGGUGCAGGAUGCUUUGACGGCUGAACUGAGACAAUGGAUUGGGUUUUGCAAGAGAUUGAGAUGA